AUAACGGAGUCACUAUAGAUUGGAUUCUCCGGUUAUCUCUGACUUUACAAAUUCGUCUGCGAUUUGCUUUGCCCAAGUUUCUGGGUUUUACUGAUCUUCGUCUUCCCGAUUUGAAGGGUUUUUAAAGAAGAAUUUUUUUGUCGAAGACUCUGCCUCUAACAUGUCAGGAAGAAAGGAAACGGUGUUAGAUUUGGCCAAGUUUGUGGAUAAGGGUGUGCAAGUUAAGCUGACCGGUGGUAGACAAGUCACUGGAACUCUCAAGGGCUACGAUCAAUUGCUUAACCUUGUUCUUGAUGAAGCAGUAGAGUCUGUUCGAGAUCACGAUGAUCCUUUGAAGACUACUGACCAGACAAGACGACUUGGUCUAAUUGUUUGCCGUGGAACAGCGGUGAUGCUCGUCUCACCAACUGAUGGCACUGAAGAAAUCGCUAACCCUUUCGGUCAACCAGAAGCUGUCUAAAGAGAUUUUCUCCAAAAGAUUAUGUCUCUCUCUAUUAGUUUAACUUGGGAGUUUUAGAGAGUAUUAUGUGUCUGAGUAUCUACUAUGAAUAUGAUGUUGGAAACAUUGUUUUAAUAUAUACUUAUUUGGGACAUCAUAGGCUAUUCUUGUUUCUUUGUUAUCUUUAA